CCCAGCAAUUUUAUUCUUUCGUCUCUAUUUCUCCUUUUCUUUCUCUUCACUAUUUCGUUCCCUUCUAAAUCACUCAAACCAAACACACCCACACCACAACCUGUAGAAACGAGUAGAAGCUACUGCCGUUUCACCUGUGAAGGCUUCAUCACUUUGUCACUGAGUUUCGUCACAAGGAAAGAAGGAGAGAAUGAACAAAGGUGGACCAGGUGGUGGUGGGCCGACCGCGGCAGCAGCGGCAGCUGCAGCCCAGAAGCAGAAGACGUUAUUGCAGCGAGUGGAUGGUGAUAUUGCUAACAUUGUCGACAAUUUUAGCCACCUCGUCAAUGUGGCCAGGGUAAAUGAUCCUCCUGUUAGAAAUUCACAGGAAGCUUUUAUGAUGGAGAUGCGUGCUGCUAGGAUGGUUCAAGGAGCUGAUUCUCUACUUAAAUUGGUGUCGGAGCUGAAGCAGACUGCAAUAUUCUCAGGAUUUGCUUCCCUUAAUGACCAUGUAGAACAAAGAAAGGUUGAGUUUAACCAACUGGCAGAAAAAUCGGACCGCACAUUAUCUAGGAUUGGAGAGGACGCUGCAGCUAGCCUGAAAGAACUUGAAUCCCAUUAUUCAUCUUCUGCACAGAAGACUAAUCAAAAUAUGGAUCCGUAGUUGAGAAUCCACAUCAAUGCUUUGCUUUCACCUGUCACUUAAUGUAUGAUAUCUUUAGUAUAAAAAUAGACUGUAUUGUUUUUCCGAAAGUGAGUCUUGGCACAACGGUUAGGGUUGUAUGACUAGGAGGUUGUAGGUUCUAAGUUGUGGAAUAAUGGAAUCAAUCUCUUGCAAAUUUAAGACAAGGUUGUCUACAAUAGAUCUGCAAUGAGAUUGACCCUUUUAUGGAUCUACAAUUUUGUUGUUUGGACUUCUUUAUCUCUUUUAUUAGGAAUGGUUAUGACUUAACUCAUUAUUAGGAAUUGUUAUCCCAUUAUAGAGAAAAUAGAAAGCAACAUAGCCUUGCAUAUUAUAAAUGCAUGGAAUAUUAGACGUAGUUGUGCCAUAUGGAAGAAUGUAGAAUUAAAUGAGAAGCACGCAAUCAUUUAACGUGUGAUUUUUCUCCGUCA